UCCGAUCCAGUGGAGGAAAAGGGCUUCGAAUCGAUUGGUUUUGCUUCUCUUCUUCUCUUCAAUCUUUGCUCUUUGAUCUUGUUCUUUUGCCGGUUUGAGGAAAUUUUAGGGUAUGAGCUGGUUUGAUAAGCUUCGCUGCCUCUCCGAUCGGAGUCAUUUGAUCUUUGUCAUUUAUCGUCGAUUUAUUCCUAUACGUUGUAAUUCUUCAUUGAAUCCUAUACGUUCUUAAGAUUGAACGGAUUCUUGUGGUUUGUUUCGAUUCUUUUGAUCGACGCUGCCAUGGAGCCAACCAAUUUCGUCAUUGGAGGUUCAUUUCUCGCACACAUUGAUAAACAUCAAACAUCCCCCCCUUCAGUUAUUGUUGUCGGUGGAGGGAUAUCAGGGAUUGCAGCUGCUCGUGCCUUAUCAAAUGCAUCAUUUAAUGUCACUCUCCUUGAAUCACGUAAUCGGCUCGGCGGUCGUGUGCAUACCGACUAUUCUCUUGGCUUUCCUGUAGAUAUGGGAGCAUCAUGGCUACAUGGUGUUUGCAAUGAAAAUUCUUUGGCCCCAUUGAUUCGCCAUCUUGGUCUAAGGCUAUACCGAACUAGUGGUGACAACUCUGUAUUAUAUGACCAUGAUCUGGAAAGCUAUACUCUUUUUGAUAAGAAUGGGCACCAAGUCCCCCAAGAACUUGUUAUUGAAGUUGGGCUGAUUUUUGAGAAAAUUCUCAAAGAGACUAAAAAAGUGAGGGAUGAGCAUAUCGAGGAUAUGUCUAUCCUCCGAGCAAUUUCAAUUGUUUUGGACAGGCAUCCAGAAUUAAGGCAAGAGGGUUUGGCAUAUGAAGUGCUGCAAUGGUAUAUAUGCAGAAUGGAAGCAUGGUUUGCUGCUGAUGUAGAUACUAUAUCUCUGAAAAACUGGGAUCAGGAGCAUGUGCUCACAGGUGGCCAUGGACUUAUGGUGCAAGGUUACUAUCCUCUAAUAAAUGCUCUUGCCAAGGACCUUGAUAUCCGUCUAAAUCACAGGGUGACCAAAAUUCUCCAGAACAGCAACAAAGUCAUAGUUACAGCAGAGGAUGGAAGCAGUUUUAUAGCUAACGCUGUGAUCAUCACCGUUCCACUUGGCGUCCUCCAGGCAAAUCUGAUUGAAUUUGAACCUAGUUUGCCUGAAUGGAAGCUCUCAGCACUAUCUGACAUAGGUGUUGGAAAUGAGAACAAAAUCGCCCUUCGCUUUGAUUCAGUGUUUUGGCCAAAUGUAGAAGUCUUAGGAAUCGUCGCACCAACAUCUUACGCUUGUGGAUACUUUCUCAACCUUCAGAAGGCAACUGGAUAUCCUGUUCUUGUAUACAUGGCAGCCGGGACGUUCGCGUAUAGCAUAGAAAAGUUAUCAGAUGAAGAAGCUGCUAAACUCGCAAUGGCAGAGCUCAAGAAAAUGUUACCCAAUGCCACUGAGCCUGUUGGCUAUUUGGUUUCACGCUGGGGAACAGAUCCAAACUCUCUUGGGUCUUACUCCUGCGAUUUAGUCGGGAAGCCAGCUGACUUAUACGAAAGAUUUCGAGCUCCAGUUGAUAACAUUUACUUUGCCGGUGAAGCCACAAGCCUCGAUCACUCUGGUACCGUGCACGGCGCAUACUCUUCAGGUAUUUUGGCGGCCGAAGAAUGCCGUCGAGAUCUGUCAAUGAAGCAUGGUUUCUCUGAUGCUUUUAAUUUGGUUCUGAGGGAAGAAAAGACCGGGCUUGGUUUUUCAGAUGUUCUCAAUUUGGUUUUAAGGGAAGAAAUGGUUCCCUUUCAAAUUUCUAGGAUUUAACUGAUAAUUUGCUUGCUGGUUCUCAAGACUCACAAGUGAUUAUGAUGAACCAGACUACUUCUUAUUAUCAUUUGAUACAUCUUAGAUAUUUCAUUGUAUGACAUGACUUUCUCAAUCUUCGCAUUUUCUGA